AUGAAGUUCAUCGCCUCGGUUGCGUUGCUGGCUGGCACUGCCAUGGCUAGCCAGAAGGAGUUCAAGCUCAAGUCUACUGGGGCCACUCUUUCCCAGCAUGACAACCUGUACUUGACUGCCUACCACACCGGUGCCGGUACCAACGAUGCUGUCUUUCAAAGCAAUGCCACCGUUGCUUCCAACUUCUUCCUAAAUGGCACAAACGCCUUCGCGGACUUGAAAACCCAGUACCCAUGGGGUAUUGAGAUCCAGUCUGACACUAACUACGCCGCCUGGGACUCUGUCACCAUCAACGCCGGCACUGGCUCCGAUGGAUUCUCUGUCAAAGGUGGGGAGUUGGUUUGGUCCGAGGCUGACGGCUUUGGUGGUUGGUUGAUCUGCGACUGGAACCACGGUGUUCCUCAGCUGUUCUACCUGGACCGCUACUAUGACGACAAGAUUCCCUCUAGCUGCAGCAAGGCCUCCCUCGCUGUUUCCCAGUAG